AUGAUGAAUUACGCAGAAAACCAAUCCGUUAACUUGCAGUCGACCGAGACGGAAGUGAUGCAAAGCGUAUUUGCCGAAUUGCGAGAGGCAAGUUCCAACGUUCCUGAAUGGACGCUGUUGCAGUUUAGUCGGUACGUCACCGGACCAUCCUCGAUUAGCUGCCGAUACCGGUCCUUGGAAAACGUCACCGGACCAGCCGCGAUUAGCCACCUGCAGUCCACGCCUGCAAACGUCACCGUACUUUGCCGAGGUCCAAAAUAUGGUGAAGCAGACGACACCGCCACAGCAGAACAGCCGCAGGCAGAGAGCAGCCGUAAGAUGGGCAUCGAUCUGGUCGACCGUCACCUUGUGCUCAUCCCAGGCAACGUUGUCGAGGCUCCAAAAGUCCCGCCGUCAUCAGAUGACCGGAUAAGAAGAGACGAUACCGUGCCAGAACUGCAAACCGUUCCAGCGGCUCGUUUCGGCCAGGCAGAACUACAACAGAACUAA